CGCCGUUGCCUCUCGCGGCCGCCGAAAGUAUGUCUACAUGGUAACGGUUUCAUACUCGGCAGGAGUGGUGGCAUUGCGUCUUGACGCAACAAGUUUCGGGUUUUGUUUAUAUCAAAAACUGGAUGCGAAUAAGUUUCCAUUUGUAACACUCGGAGAUAAAAUACAUUUUUAGCCUUCAACAGUCGUUGGAAUCGUGCACUAUUACCUGCACGUCUUGUAAGAAUUUAGUUUAAAAUCAAAAUGUAUUCAGUAAAAAAAUAUCUGUAAUGACAUGCUGACUAUGUUUGGAUUUAUGGUUUGAGAAGAACGUUUUUUGGGGGACUAUCUUCCGCUGGGGGAAAAAAAAGAGGAUCCACGCGCAUUUCUCCUCAUAUAACGCGCACGUUUUUGUAGGAAUACUUUUUAUUUGAUGGAUACCUCCGAGCUCUGUGAAUAGAUAAUGCAUUACACAGGAUGGGUGCGAACAAUGGGAAACAAAGUGGGAGUGAGGGUAAAGGCAGCUCCAGUAUUUCCUCCGACCUGAGUUCAAGUACGGAUCAGACGUCAACCAAAGCUCCCAAGAAUGCAGCUACCAGCGAAGAUUCGGACCUGAGCAUGCGGACAUUGAGCACCCCCAGCCCUGCUCUCAUCCUUCCUCCUCACCCUCACCCUCUCUCUCCUCUCCUCCCCCUGUCGGCCCCCUUCAACAGCUCCUCCUCCACCUCCUCCUCUGAGACGGUUGCCAUGGUGCACGCCACCUCCCCUCCCCCUUUCUUCUCCGCCACCCACUCACGCCGCCGCGCCACCCGGGACCACCACCAGGGGGCAUCGGUGCCCAUCGACCUCUUGCCGGACCAGAUCUUCCUGGACGUCUUUGCCCGCCUGCCCACCAACCAGCUGUGCCGUUGCGCCCGCGUCUGCCGCCGCUGGUACAACCUGGCGUGGGAUCCCCGGCUGUGGCGGAGCAUCCGGCUGACGGGGGACGUGCUGCACGUCGACCGGGCGUUGCGGGUACUGACGCGGCGCCUCUGCCAGGACACGCCCAACGUGUGCCUGAUGCUGGAGACCCUUGUGGCGAGCGGGUGCCGGAGGUUGACGGACCGCGGUCUGCUCACGGUGGCCCAGUGCUGCCCCGAGCUGCGCCGCCUGGAGGUGGCGGGCUGCUAUAACGUGUCCAAUGACGCCGUGUUCGAGGUGGUGUCGCGCUGCCCCAACCUGGAGCAUCUAGACGUUUCAGGCUGUUCCAAGGUGACCUGCAUCAGUCUGACGCAGGAGGUCUCCCUUAAACUAUCGCCAAUGCAUGGCCAGCAGAUCUCCAUCCGCUACCUGGACAUGACUGACUGCUUGGCCCUGGAGGACGAAGGCCUGCACACCAUCGCCGCCCACUGCACCCAGCUUACCCACCUCUACCUGCGGCGCUGCAUGCGCCUCACCGACGAGGGCCUUCGUUACCUGGUCAUCUACUGCCCCGCCGUGCGCGAGCUCAGCGUCAGCGACUGCCGCUACGUCAGCGACUUCGGCCUGCGCGAGAUCGCCAAGCUCGAAGGCCGGUUGCGCUACUUGAGCGUGGCGCAUUGUGGAAAGAUCACUGACGUCGGGGUUCGGUAUGUCGCUAAGUAUUGCUCACGGCUGCGAUACCUGAACGCGCGGGGCUGCGAGGGCCUCACGGACCACGGCCUGGAGUACCUGGCCAAGAGUUGCCCCAAGCUGAAGUCGCUGGACAUCGGAAAGUGUCCGCUGGUGUCGGAUGCAGGCCUGGAACUGCUGGCGCUCAACUGCUUCAAUCUGAAGCGGCUGAGCCUCAAGUCGUGCGAGAGCAUCACGGGCCGCGGGCUGCAAGUGGUGGCGGCCAACUGCUUCGACCUGCAGCUGCUCAACGUGCAGGACUGCGACGCGCCACUGGACGCACUGCGAUUCGUGAAGCGCCACUGCAAGCGCUGCGUCAUCGAGCACACAAACCCGGCCUUUUUCUGAG